CCUGGUACUCCAACAUCAGGAAAGAAACCGAAGAAGUCACAAGGAGGCGUUUGGACUUCGGUCUGAUAGGGAAAGGCCUGCUUCAAGGGGUAACACAAGUCAGACAUACUACACAUCCGAUGUCUGAUCACAAGCAAGUGUUAGUAGACCUGAUACUGAAUCAGAAAGAGAGCAGGGGAAGAGGGUACGUCAAACUGAACUCCCAAAACUUGGAAGAUUCAGGCCUGAAGGACUGGGUAACAGACCAUAUCGACUCCUGGCUGACUGCAAAGCCCCACUUCACCUCGACUGCGGAUUGGUUAGAUGGAGGUCUCGCUACCAUUGCAGGGGCAAUGGAUGUCUGCUCCCGCAUACUAGCAAGAGGGAGGAACCAGGAAGAGGAAAAGUGUCGAAGAAAGGUAGAAGAGGCGGAGAGGAGGCUGGAAAUGCACCCGAUUUCAGAACGGGUGUGGGCAACAGAGAGGGAAUCCAGGUUAGCAGAGUGGGAGAAGGUGCAGUUGGAGAAGCACACGUGGUGGGAGGAGACCCUAAAGGUGAAAGGGAUUAUUGUGCAUGAUAGGAUGACACGGGACACUUUCCGAAAGCUGCUACUUAGCACCUUCUUUCAUCAAGUGGUCCAGCUUUACCACCCCUUCGACCCAGAGGCACCGGAAGCUACUUCACAAGAUGACAUGCUAGAGUACGCUAAGCUGUACUACUCAGACAUCUUAACGGCAAGGCGGAUUCAUGAUACAAGCGACACAUAUUUGUCACUAGAGCGGGAUAUGUGGGAGGACACUAUGGUGAGGCUGGGAGAGGCAGACAUACUGGCUCUAGACAGACCAGUGACAGUGGAGGAACUGAAACGGACCUUGAAAGUGAUGGCCCCGAUAAAAUGUCCAGGGAGAGAUGGUCUAACAGUGGAGUUCUACAGAGCUUGUUGGGAGGCGAUGGGACCGACACUAGUGGAAAUCUACAAUGAGGUACUACUCGAAGGUAAACUGGGAGAGUUGAUGACCUAUGGGGUGAUAUCUGUUAUGUUCAAGAAGGGUGAUAAGGCGAACAUAAGGAACUAUCGACCUAUCUUUGUGCUCAACGUCAGCUACUAUAAGUUACAAGCAAAGACUCUGGCGCUGAGAUUAGGGAGAAUACUCCCAAAGCUAGCAGAGAAGGACCAGGGGGCGUUUGUGCAGGGACGUUCCAUUUUCGUAAACAUCCUCACAGCAAUCGAAAGUAUUGAGCUCAUCCAAGUUGAGAACCUGGACCUGAUAGUGAUGCUUCUAGACAUGGAGAAGGACUACGAGAAAGUAGGGUGGUCCUUUGUCCUCACGACCCAGAGGAAGAUGGGGUUUGGCGUAGGCUUCUGCAAAUGGGUCGUGGCAAUGUACACAGUGACGACCUCUUUAGUACAAGUCAAUGGCCAUUUGUCGAAGCAGUUCCAACUCUCCAGGUCACUGCGCCAAGGGUGUUCCCUGACCCCCCUAUUGUUUGUUCUCCAAUUAGAAGUUCCCCUCAACUGCAUUCGGAGUCACUCACGGAUAAGGGGGCUGCGAGUAUCCGGAAACCAGGAAUGUCGGGCUAAGGCCCUGACAGACAAUUUGUUCUUGAUCUCCGCCAACACAGCAGAUUCUUUGGGAGCGUUGGAGGCAGUUCUGCUAGACUACUCACUGUUAUCAGAAGCCCAGGUGAACUGGGGUAAGUCAACCUUCCUAAUACCAGAGGGCUAUGAGCUGCAGGUGGAAUGGGGGAUGAAGCGCGUCGACCCAGAGACAGGAGAAUAGUUCCUGGGUGUAAUGCGCAUCAAGCGCAUCCCGGCCGUCGAUCACGCCGCCACAGCAGAGGCGACGCAGCCAUCGCCCCCCAAUUCUGCCAUAGCUCAUCACUCCCGUUUCCUGCCAAGGAGCUGUCGUCCAGUGUGCAAGCUCUCGCUGUGGACGGAAUUGCGAAAGAAAGAGAAUCGC